AAAAGAUUUAGCACCCAUACAAUAUAUCACAAAAGCAGUACUCAUACCAUACAAUAUACAGAAGACACGAUGGGCAUGUUUGGUAAUAACAGUAAGAAGCAACUGGAAGAUGCUUACUUCCAGAUGAAGCUAGCCAGCAAACAAUUAGCGAGGCAGUCGGUAAAGGCAGAGAAAGAAGCCAAACAGGCGGAGAAUAAGGUGAAACUCAACAUGCAGAAGGGCAAUCCUGAAAACGCACGGAUUUUUGCUGAGAAUGCGAUUCGUAAAAAGCAGGAAUCUGUUAACUUUUUGAGGAUGUCAUCACGCUUGGAUGCGACUUCGUCGCGUAUACAAACAGCUAUCACCAUGCAGACUGUCACAAAGUCCAUGGGCAUGGCCACAAAGGGCAUGGACAAGGCAUUACAAUCUAUGGAUUUGGUUAAAAUAACAUCGAUAAUGGAGAAGUUUGAGUCGCAAUUCGAAGACCUCGAUGUGCAAACGGGUGUUAUGGACAAUGCCAUGUCGGGUGCGGUGACAUCAUCUGUACCUGAAGACCAAGUUGAAGCGCUUAUAUCACAAGUAGCCGAUGAGCAUGGUUUACAAAUGCAAGAAGAACUCAACGCUGUUCCUGCGGGGAAAACUGCGUUACCUACCAUCAGCAACGAGGAGGAGGCUGGGCUAUCAGACAGGCUCAAGGCACUAAGGGAGAUGGAGUGAGGGCUGAGCUAGGAUGUAUAAUAUAUAUCUGUAUGUUUUAAAUAUAUUAUAUAUAUAUAUAUAUAUAUAUAAAUGUAGUUGUGUACUGAAGUGUAUGUGUGUAAUCGCGUACAUGCACACAAACACGAGUAGUCUGGGACUAGAGAUGAAACGAGGAAUCCAGCAUUGAUAUGAAUGAUUAUGGGUGACCUGACUGUACGUCGCGGUGUGAGGGAUGGCAAGCUCUAUGGAUCUGAAACUAUGUAUGCUGGAAGUAAAAAAUGCAAUCGCAUUAAGUUUGGGUGAGAUUCUGGGUUUCAGACUCGUGUGUUUGGAGGGCCGAUGACUAUACUACGUUAUGGCAUUACAGUAGCGUUACUGUCUAUUCUCAAUCUGCAUUCUCAUGGAUAAUGAAUGGCCGACCAGAUUCGUCGCGGCCGUGUGCUUUG